AGUGUAUCAAUAAGGCAACAUUCAUUACACAAGAGUAUAUAGAGUGCUGUUUAAAUAUUAGAACGAGAGUCAAACGCUUCAAAGUUCAUUUUCUCUGCUCAACUCUCAAAAGGGAACAUCCCUCGCACUCUAGAGUUAGUCCAGUCUUGUUCUUUACAAUAGUUGAUAGGACAUUCAAAUUAAACAAAUUGACUAUCUUUAGUGAAUAAAAACACAUUGGCUUACAUAAUUGACGUAUUGAAAUACAUCUCAUAUGUAACAUUAUACUCUACUGACCAUUAUUAUUCUAACUUUCCACCGCUCCCCUUCAACCAAUCUUUGUGUGUGUGUGUGUGUGUGUGUGUGUGUGUGUGUGUGUGUGUGUGUGUGUGUGUGUGUGUGUGUGUGUGUGUGUGUGUGUGUGAAAAUAAAUACUGGGAUAGAGUUGAAUAGCAUGCAUGGUUUCCUUGUUGUUAAUAGAAAUGUCCCCCUAAAUGAAAAAAGUUUUUACAAUUGAAAUAUAUUGAUCUGGAAGCUAUUAGGUUUUUGUCAACAUGUUUAUUUAUUCAGCACCAUGGUUUGAACGAAGUGCUGUUCAUUUUAAUUGUAACAUUGAGUCAAUCACAAAUACACACGGAAGCGCACAUUUUAAAUUGUAGAAAGGUCACUUGAAAGCUGUACGAUCACCAUGAAUGUAAGAUGGAAGUGUGCAAUGAAUGAGAACCGAUGAUAACAAAGCAUUAAAAAGGUGCAUCGCUCGAUUGCUUUUUCCUGGAAACAUUUCAAAGCAUGAUGUUCGUCUAUCGAUUGGAUAGAAUCUGUGCGGCCUUGAAACAUGGCCGAAAUAACAAGGGACGAAGUAGCGGAGGGAGACCAGGAUGAACCUAAUUAUAACAAAGAAAGAAUCAAAUAUUCCCCGGAGGAAGAACGAAAACUAGAGAGGCAGCAUUUCUGGAGAGUAAUCGAUGCGUUCAGAUACUACAGCACCCAUGUCCACGAGCAGGUGAAACGUGCUCAGCGUCAGUAUCGGAGCUUAACCCAGCACCAUCAGUCCCUACUGCCGAGUGUCCUUCCUAACCUGACGCACAUCAGCCAGUGUGUGGAGCACAACCAGGAGGUCCUCCAUGCAAUAGUCCACAACUGUAUCGACAUGUUUGAGAACAUGGAGUACGGUGAGGAGGAGGAGUUGAAAAAACUGCGUCCCGCCUCUAUCUUUGAUAUGGAUAAACUUAAGUCCACCAUCAAGCAGUUUGUUCGAGACUGGAGUGAAGUGGGCCAGGCAGAGAGGGACACCUGCUACCUGCCCAUCAUCAAGGAGAUCCAGAGGCUUUUCCCCUGCGACCAAUAUGAUGUUUCCAAGUUGAGCGUGCUGGUUCCCGGCGCCGGGCUCGGGCGCCUGGCCUGGGAGAUCGCCCGUCUGGGCUACAUGUGCCAGGGAAAUGAGUGGAGCUUCUUUAUGUUGUUCUCCUCAAACUAUGUGCUGAAUAGGUGCGAGAAGGUGAACUCUCUUACCCUUUACCCCUGGAUCCACCAGUUUAGCAACAACAAGAGGUCAUCUGACCAGACUCGAUCCGUCAGCGUCCCUGACAUUGACCCCCAGAGCCUACCCAUUACCUCAGACUUCUCCAUGGUAGCGGGGGAUUUCUGCGAGGUGUACACAGAACCUGAUUCUUGGGAUUGUGUUGCAACCUGCUUUUUUAUAGACACGGCUCACAAUGUGUUGGACUAUUUGGAGACCAUCUGGAAGGUUCUCAAGCCUGGAGGGGUCUGGAUCAACUUAGGGCCAUUGCUGUACCACUUUGAGAACAUGGCCAACGAGCUGUCCAUCGAACUGAGCUACGAGGACAUCAGGGCGGCUAUCGUUAAGUAUGGCUUCCAGCUAGAGGUGGAGAGGGAGUCUGUGAAGACGACAUACACGGAGAACGACCGCUCCAUGCUGAGAUACGUCUACGACUGCGUCUUCUUUGUGGCGCGCAAGCCGGCCCGGGUGUACGCCAACGGCGACCGCGAGGAAGACGCCAACGGCGACCGCGAGGAAGACGCCAACGGCGACCGCGAGGAAGACGCCAACGGCGACCGCGAGGAAGACGCCAACGGCGACCGCGAGGAAGACGCCAACGGCGACCGCGAGGAAGACGCCAACGGCGGCCGCGAGGAAGACGCCAACGGCGACCGCGAGGAAGACGAUGAAGCAUGCAUCGCGCCGCCGUGUGCAAAGUCCCCGCGGCGAGAGAGCGGGCUGACGUGACACGACCACACACACAAACACACACGCAACGACCGCACACGCAACAACCACACGCACACAAAGGCACACACACACAACAACCACAAACACAUACAAGACCGUGCAGACAAACACACACAAUGACGGCACACACACGCACAACGGC